AUGUACACCGGCGUCACUCUGGCCACCCUCAACAACACGCUUCCGGCGACGAAUUUCAGUUGUGGCGCGAAUCGGUUCGCGCCACAAAUCGGACAGUUGUUCAACAGUACACAGUGCAAGAAUUUGAGAGGUAUUGGAGCAUUGGAGAACACGGAACCCCAGCCCCUUCCCAAUAAAAAAUUCCCUUGGCGCAAUUCACGUGCGCUAAACAAGGCGCGUAACGCGUGCGUAAUUCCGGAGCGUCGUUGUAGAGUUCUUCAUUUCAAUUUUCCCUUUUUUUGCAUUAUUCCCAUCUUUUCAGAACCAAUCAGUGUCAAAACUUAUGAUAAUGAUUAGAAAUGAAUAAAAAAUGAAAUUUUAACUGCUUCGUCAUCAAUUUCGAAACGUUUUAUGUGAAAAUUACAGAAUUUUUUUUCGUUUUGGAAUCAAAAAUUUGCCUCAAUUAUCUCAAUUCUGUAUAUUUUUCGACGGUUGAGCGCUUAAAAGAUGCGCAAUAAACUCCUUGUUGACUGGACGGUUCGAAUGCCAGUGUCCGAACUCGAUUCGACAAAUAAUCGUUAAAACUCCGUUUUUUUUCAGUAGUUUUCGACAAAAUCCCUCAAUUUGGUCAAUUCUGAACGAAUCUGCUCCGUUUCGCGCUUAAAUCGAUGCUUUUAACUCAGACAAUCGCCCAACGGUUCGCAAAGAACAAAAUUUGAGUGUUUAUCAAGAGAAAAACGAACGAAUUCUGGUUUUCACUUGAAAAAAGAAACUCCGAGUCGACGGUGGAUGCAAGCGCGCCCCAUUGACAACUCGCUUGCGCAUUGGAAUGCUGGGGUUCCGUGGCGCGAAUCGUUUUCGAAAUUCAAAAUUCAAAAUUCAAAAAAAAAACCAUAGAUCCAUUAAACGCAUGUUGUGAGUCGCACGAUUCGUGCUACAACCAGCAAUUGACAAAGGACAGUUGUGACAAUACGUUUUGUACGUGUUUGAGUGUGGCCACCGAGACGAAUCUUUGUGCGGUAGGUCUCAGACGGUCCGUACAUAGAAUAUUGUGAACAAGUUUCAGAUUGACGCUGCUGGUUUGUGUGCGGCGGCUCGAUUAUUCGGGCAAUCGGUCUACGACACGGCUGGCGGACUUGAAGCCGUUUCGCCAACUAUCAAUUGA